CGUAAGCUAAAGAGCUUGUUCCCAUUCCCUCCAAAGAAAGAGAUGGCUGCUCGCUGCUUCUGGACCAGCGGCAGCUGUUCCGGCAGCAACGCAAGCCAACGCUGCCGUUCGCCAGCGAUUCCGGAGUUUCAUACCCAAACUCUAUAUCCGUCCUCUUCUUCUUCUUCUUAUCAUCAUCUUCCUAUUAUAACGAGUGAUUCUUCUUCUCGUUUCACUGGAGGCUGCACAAACCCCAUCCCAUACUCAUACCCACACCUUCGCCGCCCCCGCCGCCUGUUCGCUCAGCUGCCGCCGCAAUCUGACCCGCCUCCCAAUAAGGAGCCGCUGACACUCGAAGGUUUAGUGGAGGGUAUAUCUGGAUUCCAAGAAAGGGUUCGGAUAUUCUUUGCGGUAUUUGUAUGGAUGUCUCUAUUCUUCUGGUACUCAGCUUGGGAUGGCAGGAAUAAAGGCGGCGGUGGCGGCGGAGGUAUUAUGCCCAACAAAAGAUCCCGAUCUCCGUUCAGAAGAUGAACUCGGAACCAACUUAUCAAAGCAUUCGAUUUUGUUUACAGCUUGUGUAUAAGUGUAUUAGUUGUAAAGGAAUAAUAUGUAGGCGACAUUUGCUACUUUAAAGGAUUGUAAAUUAUACUACAGAGAUCAGAUAUUUUUGCACCGGCAAAAUUGAUGUCUGGUCUGAAUGAAAGCAAGAAUAAUAUGGACCAGCACAUGAACCAGGAGUCGGAUACUUUGUUCCUCUCAACAGGGUUUCGAAAGCAUUUCACUCGCUUUCAGGUGAAUGUCGAUGGGAUUGGACCUACUUGUGAACGCCUUUCGCUCGCUUUCAGCCAUCUUAUCCACAUAAAGCGUUCCAUCCAGAUGAUCACAUUCGUGCUGUGCUGUAAGAUACGAGCCUGCCACCCAGAGGCUUCAACCUUGAUGGGUGCACCAUCACGGCUCAACCCUGUAACCUCGACUUCCAGACUACGCUCUACCAAAGCCCUGAAUCCAUCUAUCACAAUCAACGGUAAUAGAAACA